UGUACGCCAUUUUGAAAAGCCAUUUUAUUAUGUAUUGAAUGGAGAUACAUUGCUUAAAAAGGAAUAAAUUUUAUUGUUUGCUAAGGAAAUAAAGUCGGCAAAUACUUGUUGAAUACAUUAAUGUAUUCAGGAAAUUUCGAUCUAAUCUUGUAAUUUGUGAAAAUCAACGUCACAAAGCGGAAAGAAACCGAAUGAAAACCGGUGGCAAAUGAAGAGUCACUUGAAUAGAAUUGAUUUUGUCUAGAAUGUGCCAUUCAUGGAAUUAAAAGCAAUUGAUGCUCUCUUAAAUGAAAAAAAGACGACCUUACAGAAGAUUCUAAAUUGCUUGGCUUCCAAACAGACAAUCAGAAUUGACUUUGAGUCAUAAGAAGACUCAUUGCAUCGGAGUAAAAAUUCGAUUGAUCGCUCAAAUUAUUUUAGGUACAAAAAUAAUAGAAACAUUAUUGUGAAAAAUAUAUAGUUAAACAACAGUUAUAAUUUAUUAAUUGAUAAUAUAACGGUGAGAAACAGGAAUUUGGGAAUGGAAAAACAAAGAAAAAGUCUUCGUGAAAAGAGUGCAUCUUCCGAGAAGGAUAUUUCAGCUAUAUCUGAAAAUCGCAAAGAAAAGGACACAUCCAAAAACCGAUCCUCUGGAAAAAAUGACAAGGUUCUGUUAAAAGAUCAUGAGAAUUCUAAUGGUUCCUCUUCAGAUGAGGAUAUUUUUUCGCGAAAAGAUCUCAAGAAAAAGAAAGCCGUUUCCGUCUCUAAUGACGUGUUUGAUUCACUUUUAUCUCAAGAUAAUAAGGAUCAGAGUGAUGUUUCGGAUUCUGCCGUAAAGAAACAACCUGAAAGCAGUCCUAGGAAAAAGACGAAGAGAACUACUGAAUCUCAUACUGACAGCUUCUCUUCAGAGGAAGAUGGAACAGCUUUGGCCAAACAUAAAGAUAAGAAGAAGAAGAAGGCUAAGGAUACGAAACGAAAACAGCCUAAACGCUCUCCUAACAAGAAAGUUGAGACAUAUGCAGAUUAUUCUUCGUCAGAAGAAGAUUCAUUAGCAAAGAAUCAUAGCACAAAGAACACAGCAGCCCAAUCUCCUGAAGAAACUGAUUCAGAUUCAGAAAAAGAACAAUCGAAAAAGAAAAAACGUUCGGGGAAAAGUAAUCCUUCUGGUGCUGGGAAAGCUUCACCAUCCAAAAAUAAAAAAGUGGCAAAAAAUGCAUCGAAUAAGCCAUUAAACACCGAUGUCGCAUUUCCUGAUCAAGAAUCAUCUGAUAUGAUGCCAGUCAUUGGAAAAGGGGAGGAUUAUGAAAAACCAUUUUCAGAUCAAGAAUCAUCUGAGGGAUUGCCGGACAUUGAAAAAGUAUUUGAGACUCUCGAGGAAGAAACAGCACGAGAAGAACGAAAUAAAUUGUUUUUAGCUGACCGAAGGAGCAAAUCGCCAUCUGUAACUAAAACAUCACCCACCAAAAAUGAUGAUGGGACAAAAAGUGCUCGAAAGAAGAUGAAAACUAUGUCACCUGGUAAAAAAUCGGAACGGAAUAAACCUUCACCUUCAAAGGAUAAGAAAUCUGAGACUUCUUCUAAGCAUGAUAAACCGUCCGAAUCCAUCUCUAAAGAGAAUGAUUCUGUUGUGUCAGGAGAUGAUGAAAAUGAUGAAAUCGACACACCAGUGCCGGACUUAGAAGUAAAAAGGGUGAGACGCGGUCGUUCUAAAACGCCUCUUUCUCAGUCCAAUUCAAAUUCUGAUAAAGAAUCCUCUGCCAGUCGUAGUAAUACCCCAUCGAAAGGUGAGAAAAAUCCCACAGAAAAACAAACACUUUCUGAUUCUGUUGUGAAAAAACCUGGACGUGGACGGCCUCGAAAAUUAGCUGCUCCGGAACAAAAUGCUAAACUGGCAUCUAAUUCGAGCUCUCAAAUUGAAUCUUCAUCCUCCAAAACGAAAGAGGACCAGCUGGUGGAAAAUGAGACUUCCCCUAAGCAUGACAGAUCGUCCGAAUCCAUCUCUAAAGAGAAUGAUUCUGUUGUGUCAGGAGAUGAUGAAAAUGAUGAAAUCGACACACCAGUGCCGGACUUAGAAGUAAAAAGGGCGAUACGUGGUCGUUCUAAAACACCUCUUUCUCAGUCCAAUUCAAAUUCUGAUAAAGUAGCAUCUGCCAAUGAUAGUAAUACUCUAUCGAAAGGUGAGAAAAAUCCCACAGAAAAACAAACACUUUCUGAUUCUGUUGUGAAAAAACUUGGACGUGGACGGCCUCGAAAAGCAGCUGUUCCGGAGCAAAAUGCUAAACUGGCAUCUAAUUCGAGUUCUCAAAUUGAAUCUUCGUCCUCCAAAACGAAAGAGGACCAGCUGGAGGAAAAUGAGCCAAAAAGGCAAUCUACUAGGGAAACUGAUAUUGGGAAGCAAAAGGACGCAGCAAAAGAAACCGCAUCAAACGCACAAAGCAGUUUAACAGGCAAUGCCGAAUCUCCUGUAUAUGCUGUGAAAUCAAAACCAUCGCCCAAGAAAAGAAAAAGUGAUGAGUCGCAAAAGAAAUCUAAAAAGCAAGAGAAGGUAGAAAAGCAUUCCAAGGCCAAUACAGAUAAGCAAGGUAAAGCCAAAAAGUCAUCUAGCAUGGAUAACCAAGCGAAUUCUGGUACGGAGUCCGAUGAAGAUAAUUCUCCAAGUAAAAAUAACUCAAAAGAUUCAGGUGAGGCCUCUAGCACCACCAGAAGUGGUGAAAAAAGGAAGCCCAUUUAUACAUCAUCUGAUGAUUCUUCCGAUUCGGAUGAGUUAUCCCCGCAACCAAAAUUAGAUGCAAAAGGUAAAAAAAUAAAACGUGAAUUUUCGUGUCACAAAUGCAACGCUAAAUUCCCUCGUACCCAGCAACUUUUCGAUCAUACUUGUGAAGGUAAACGCGACAAAGGAUUCGCUUGCGAACGCUGUGACAAAAUCUAUAAACUGCGGAGCACUUACGUCAAUCACAAAAUUAUCCAUUCUAAAAAGAAACCUUACAAGUGUGGGCUCUGCGGGAAAAAAUCAGCUUCUCAAAGUAAUCACCUUUAUCAUAUGAAACAUUCUCAUCCUGGUCGCAAGCCAUUCCCCUGUGAGUUCUUCCCGUGUGAAAAAAGUUACAUGACCAGGAGAGAACAGAUAGAUCAUCAUAAGAAUCACAAGCGCUUCGUCUGCCCUUAUUGUGACGAAGUAUUUGCUAAGGAUUCUACUCUUUUGCACCAUAAGUAUAAAGUUCAUGAAGUGUUCUUCUCAUAAGAUGUUGUAGACUAAAAUUUAUUCAUCAGUCUUUUAUUUUAAGUAUUGAAAUGACUUAGCGACGGAAAAGGCCAAAAUAUUUUAAUACUCAUUAUGUGUGUAUGCUUUUUGAUAUAAAUUAGCUGCUAUAAAAUAAUGCUUGGACAUCAAGAAAACUGAUAUUGUAUGAACUUGCUGGGGAAAAUUUAAUAUUAUUUUCAUGAUGAUUUAUUUAAUGUGAAAUACAAGCAGUCAUUUUGCUUCUUUUAUACAACAGAAUUUUUUUAACUGUAGCAGGUUACUCCGAGAUUUUUUUUUUAUAUUACAUUAAUUUGGUAAAAAAUGGAUUUUAAAUGACAUUUUACCCUUCAUAAUCUAUAGAACUCUGAAUGGAUUUUAAAUUGUAUAUAACAUUUAUUUUGCAAAUGCAUGAAAAUUCAAAUUAUAGGCAAUUGUAUUCAUAAUAAUAUUUUUGAUUUCUUUAAUGAUAUUGUAAAAAUUUGCGGUUAGGAAAUAUAAAACAUGUACCUAAUCGUAUGCGGCGACAAAGUGAUCAAUCAGGAAUACUGAUUGUAAUUUAAUUAAUUCUUUUAUGCAUUACUUAAUUUUUAUAAUUCUCACAAUAAGGAAGAAUUUGCGUAGUGGAAUCGAGUCUUAUGACAUCAUAGUGCAUUAAAAACUGAAGUAUCUAGAUUUAUGUAUUCCAAAUGGCACAUUAUCUUUUAAUCUAACGCAAUUUUAUUUUUCUGGUGCCACAUGCAAAUUGUCCAAAUAAUUGGCAUACUUUCUUCUUUGGCUUUUAACAAUGGAAGAAAAUCAAGUGAUUAAAUAUUAGAUGAAGUUUCGAAUUUCAUUGCAAAAAUGAAAUCUUUUGUUGAAAAUCAUGCAAAAUAUGUUUUUAAAAAAUUGUUCAAGUUUCAAGAAAAACUUCAUCACACCUAAAUUGGUAGUGUAAAAAUUAAAUUCAUGUUUUAAUAUCCUCAUAAUUUAUGGCGGGAAAACUUCCAAAAUCUUGCUUGAUUUUUAAUUAAUUAAAAUUUUAAAAAUUGCUCCAAGCUGCUCAUUUUUGUCUUCUAAAGUUUUUCUGUCAUGAAGAUGGUAGCUUUAGGUUUAAUAGUCUGUCUUGUUGAGCGCUGACAUGCACGCACACAAAUAUUUCCUUUUUUAAGUAUAGAUAAGACUAUUGAAAGUUUUCCAUUAUUAUCAUAAUUGAAUCGCUUAUCAUACCCAUGAAAGAGAUGUUUUUUUCUAUUACUUUCUGCUCACAUCACGAGGUAGCUUCAAAAUGUAAUACAUCUGCCUUCCUUUUUCAUAACUUGCAGUCUAAUAGGAAAAAAAAAUUAUUGACUCUCUAACAAUAGAUAUGUGGUUGUACAGUAGUUAUUUACAUAGCUUUUUAAGGAAAAAAAUUAUAGGAAAGUCUUAACCAGAUCAAUACAACAGAUAACAUAUUAAGUAAUUAAUGUGCUUGCAUAUUUCUACUUGUGCUGGUUCAAUCUCCCUUUAUUUUACUACGCAUAUAUAUUUUUUAAUAUUAUGCAGGAGAAAUUGGAUUUUGUUAGGAUUCAAAUCGAACUGUAUGCAAGAAAUUCCUCCGAAAAAGACCAUCGUUACUCAAAUGACAUUAUUAAUAUUGUUUUUCUUCCUUAAAUAUAAUCUUUGUAUUUGAUGCAUCCUGUUUAGAAAAAGUGUUCAUUAAUAGAUGUUUUGUAUCGAACUCGGGGAACUCAGUUCCCAA